AUGAAAGGCACUUCGCCCGCGAUCCGAUUUCCUGUAGCUGCCGACAACGACGCGCGAGGUGAAAUCGAUCCGUCCCUGGGAUCUACUCCGGCGCACCUCACCCAGUCUCAUCUACCUUGGUCGCUGGUCGAAUUCUCCCCGCCGCAGCGUCCCGUUGAAGUGAGGGAUUUUGGAACACGUCUCCGGCAUCGAUCCAUCAGGAUACUAAAUUGUGGAGACAAAAGUGUGCAGUGUGAAUUCAGGAUAAGCAACAUUGAGUUUAACGGAAGGUACAAAAAUGCAAUGGAUAGGAGUUGGAUAGACGAUGCGAACCAUAUCUCGGCUCAAUAUUUGGAUGGGGUCAGGGCUUUCUUAGAUUUCGCAUUUAAAGAUCGUAGCUCUGAAUCUUGCAUCUAUUGCCCCUGUACAUCUUGCGGAAAUCGCUUAACAAAAUCUCGUAGAGAUGUCUUGCUCCAUUGUAUUCGUUAUGGAUUCGACCAAACCUACAAGGUUUGGACUUGCCACGGAGAAGGAGAGGUGAACCCUGCUGUUGCAAACGACAACAUGCCAAUGCGUUGGGAGGAGGAACUAGAACUUCUAUUGCGAGAGUGUGCAUAUACAGAGCACACCGAUCCGGGGCCCAGUGGGAAUGAACCUCAUAGGGAUGACGAAAAUGAACAUAUACAUCAUGGCAGUAAGGGGUAUAGAAAGAUGUUAGAAGAUGUAGAGAAAGAGCUCAUACCAGGGUGCAAGAAGAUGAGUAGACUCUCGUUUAUCGCACGGCUUUUGCACUUGAAGGUUUUGUGCCACUGGUCUAAUAAUUCUAUUGAUUUGCUGUUAGAGCUGUUACGGGAUGCACUUCCAGACGAUGUUGUCCUUCCGAAGAACUUCUAUGAGGCUAAUAAGCUGACCAAGGACUUGGGGUUCACAUGCAAGACUAUCCAUGCGUGCAUCAACAAUUGCAUGUUGUUUACCGGGGAAGAUGUUGACCGUGAGCGAUGGUACGUAUCUUCCAAAACUGCAUCUUCUAUGAGAUGGCAUGCCGAAGGGCGUGUAGACGAUGGCAAGAUGCGUCAUCCAGCAGAUAGUCCUGCGUGGAAGAGUUUCGAUCAUCGGUACCCGACGUUCUCUGAGGAGAUUCGCAACGUACGCCUCGGUCUGGCCACUGACGGUUUCAACCCUUUUGGGAAUAUGAGUGUGAGUUAUAGUAUUUGGCCCGUCGUACUUGUGAUAUAUAACCUACCUCCGUGGCUGUGCAUGAAGCAACCAUCGUUCAUCCUCUCUACGAUUAUAGACGGCCCGCAUGGCCCGGGGGAUCGGAUUGAUGUCUUCCUUCAACCUUUGAUCGAUGAGCUUAAGGAGCUUUGGUAUGAUGGUGUUCGGACGUACGAUGCGAGUACUAAGGAGGAUUUCCAGAUGCGAGCUGCAUUGCUGUGGACUAUUAGUGAUUUUCCCGGUUACGGUAUGUUGUCAGGGUGGCCGACUCGUGGGGCGAAUGCAUGCCCUGUUUGUGGUUUAAAAACUCAUUCCAGAUACCUGAAAAAUGGACAUAAGUAUAGCUAUUGCGGGCAUCGACGGUUCCUGCCGGCUGGGCAUAGAAUGCGCUUUGAUAAACAUGCAUUUGACGGUUCGAUGAGCUUUGACGGAAAGCCUUCUCGCUUGACCGGCGCUGAACUUCUGCAGCAGCUUCAGGAUAUGCCUACUGAGUAUCGUACGGUUGACUUGAUUGAGAAACGCAUUGCACAGGGGUCUCGCAAGCGUCGCCGGGGGGUGGACGGGCAGCAACAGGUGUGGAAAAAAAAGAGCAUAUUCUUUCAGCUCCCUUAUUGGUCUGAGAAUGAGGUACGUCACAACCUCGACUUGAUGCACAUUGAAAAGAAUGUGUGUGAGAAUGUACUGUAUACAUUGUUGGGAACUAAGGGGAAAACAAAGGACAAUCUGAACACGAGGAAAGACUUACAGUUGAUGCAAAUACGUAGUUCUUUACACCCGGUAUCGGGUCCUAGGGGCGCUAUAUAUUUGCCGGCAGCUACGUACACCAUGAGUAACCCCGAAAAACGGAUAUUCCUAUCUGUGUUGAAGGACCUCCGACCACCUCAUGGGUUCAGUUCAAACUUAUCGCGUCGUGUGAAGGUAGAACAACAACUAAUAUGGGGACUUAAGAGCCACGAUUGCCAUGUUCUUAUGCAACGAAUUCUACCUAUUGCUGCCCGACGGUGUCUUCCCAAAAAUGUUGUGCUCGUGUUGAUUGAACUUUGUAACUUCUUCAAUUCGAUGUGCUCAGCUCAUAACACAGUUCGUGAACUGGAGCGAAUCCAAGAAAGAAUUUCUUUGACGCUAUGCCAUCUUGAAAAGCUAUUCCCACCUUCAUUCUUUGAUGUAAUGGAGCAUCUGCCUAUCCAUUUGGCUGAGGAGGCUAUGGUGGCCGGUCCGGUGCAGUACCGGUGGAUGUAUCCCAUUGAGCGGUACUUGGGUACUCUGAAGAGGUACGUACGGAACAGGGCACAACCUGAGGGUUCGAUUGCACGUGGAUACCUCAUGGAAGAAUGCGUGACUUUCUGCUCAAGAUAUCUCGGAGACAUAGAGACCAAAGAGAACCGGGCUGCUCGAGGGGAGGAGGACGGGACACAACACGGGAAAGGAUUGUUUGGUUCUAGGUUCAAUCUUGAUUACAAUACGAUGCACCAAAUUCAUUGCUACAUCCUAGGAAAUAUAGAUGAAAUCAGUCCGUUGCGAAGGAUUCACCUUGAUACUAUUAGGUCAUGUCGAACUCGCGCACCCCCACGUGAGGUGCACCAGCAGCACAACGAACAAUUUGCGUCUUGGUUUCAAUCAUAUGUAGAUGAUCCGACGAAUAAUGAUGAGUGCCCAAUCUCAGCGGAGAUCCGUGCAUUGGCGGGUGGACCAUUAUGCAAUGCAACACGGUACUCUUCGUGCAUUGUGUCAGGAAUACGCUAUCGUGUUCAAGACCGGGAUGCAAGGAAGAGGACACCGUGUGCAGGUGUUAUGGUUACGGCAGAUACAGUGAGUUAUGCCUCAGCUAGGGACCAUAACCCACGAGAAGGUUCCGUGGCAUAUUACGGGAUUCUUACGGACAUUGUGGAAGUGUACUAUAGCAAUCAACAGAAGUAUCUCCUUCUAAAAUGUGACUGGGUGGAUCUGGAGAGGGGCGUUAAAGAGGAUGAGUUCAAAUAUAAAUGUGUGAACUUUAAGUAUUUGAUGUACCCCAAGAACUUGCCCACGGAUGAGCCUUUCAUCUUAGCGACCCAAGCCUCUCAGGUGUGGUACAUUGCAGACCCGGUUGAUGAAGGUUGGAGCGUUGUCGUUCCGGUGUCACGGCGAGACACGUAUGACGUGUAUAGUACGAUCGAUCAUAGAUUCAGCACAGGGUUACCUUUAGAUGACGGAGGCAAUGUUAGAGGAGCAGCCGAUUACUGGCUAAGGGAAGGUAUUGAGGGGCAAGUAGUAGAAGAUGCAGAGCAGAUGGACCAUGCCGAUACUUCGCCUUCGGAUUCGGAGGAAUCCUCCGAAGAUGAUGGUGCUUAG